UGACGUCUCUCUCUCGUCGCCUCUGACAAUCGGCUGGCAGUCGCGGUUCCGCUCGGUUCCAAGCCACGUCCGGACCUAUCUCCUCCAUCAUUUCGAUGAAACACCAUAAACCAGACUAUUGAAUCUCCUCCUUACAUUUUCCCAAUAUAUAUAUCCAAUGUUAUCGUUCAAAGUGAUUGCGAAAUUAUUAUUCAAAUUCCGUUUGAUUCGUGAAAGUAGUAAGAUAAUAAACAUACACGUAUAGAUAAAGUCGAAUAAAUCAGAUAACUGAUAGAAGGUACUGUGAUUUUGUUCAGGUCGAUGUACGUGAGAAAGUGACCAAGUGCCAGGAGACAUAAGGAUGGACAGAGUGUGCGCUGGUAGUCAGUUAUGAGGUAACAGAGCGAAGAACAGAGAGAUAUAAGUGCGUGUGUGAUAGGGAGAGAAAGGGAGAGAAAGAGGCAAAGAUGUUGUGCUUGAAGAAGCGAAGGACCUACAGCUUCACGCAGGGUGUCUGCACGGAGCUACCUAGGCGAACGAAGGAAGAGAAUCAUCGGUACGAGAGGCCCUUGAACAUGGCUAUUACGACACUGCCGCGUAAGAACAGGAUUAGAGAGGAGAGAUCAUCAAGAAUGGUUCUAACCGUGACCGAGGACACACCAGCAGACAUGCUGGCCGGUAGCAUGGAGCUCCUGGUCCAGUUGCCUCGGGACCAUCAUCUUCAAACGCAGAAGGUCACGGUGCAACGAAGUAUGCCGAUGAUGGACCUCCUCGUGCAGAUCGCCACGGCCCACAAAUUGACAGCUUCCAGUUACACUUUGCAAGCGAUUGGAGAACGUGGGAUGGUUCUACCUCAUCAACCCAAUACACCAAUUGGCGCAUUGGAUGCGCUUCAGGUAAAACUGUUACCCAAGCAGGGCACUUUCAUACCAAGGAAAGCGAAGCAGGUUAAUCAACCAUUUGAAACCACUUUUAGGUUGCAGGUACAUUUACCAAGAAACCAACUGUGGGUGUCCAGAGUCAGUCCCAAGAUGAACCUGGGUGAGAUCUUGGAACAAGUGUGCCGCGAAAAAGGUUUAGACAAGAACAAGUACGAGCUGCGUCACCCAACCAGCUUAGAGACGCUGGACUUGGCGCUGGCCCUACAGGACUAUCAUCUCCAGGAAGUUACCUUGUAUGCUAAGCAAGGCAGAACGUUAGGCUCAGCGCUCAGUACUCAAGAUAUAAUGGCUUUGCAAAGGCAGGAAGAGCGACGUAGGCAACAGGCGAAGCAAGGUGUCUUUGGAUUUGUGUUCAAAAAAUCCAAAGAGGGUUCGUUGAGUACUGACAGUCUCGGAGGACGCAGUGCAUCACCGGCGAGGAGCGACGAAACUGGAAGAAGCAUCAGUCCAUUGCAGCCGCCUACCAGACCUCAAAGAAAGCGAAGACCCGCGCCAAAGCCGCCUGCUCAGGCUGAAGCAGAAGUUAGCCAAGGUACUGAAGAAAACUCUGGAGACUCGAGCAAGGACAAGGUGGUGAUCAGUCACAGUCGCAACAGCAGCGACAGUUCAGGUUAUCACGAAGCUUCUGUGUUGAGUGACAAUCCAGAUUCCGCUGGAAGACUUCCGGAAACUUUGCCCAGGAGAAACAAGGUCCCAUUGGAAAUGCCCAGGAAAUUAGCUCAAACGUCGCAGUCCAGCAAGAGCUUGAGCAACCUUGCCUCUGUACCUGGUACGCUUAGUCACGGAAUUAGCAGUACCUCGUUGAGUUCCACAGGAUUACGAAAGAAAAGGGUUGCACCUCCUCCGCCAGUAACCAGGCCUCUGUCGUCCGCCAUCUCCACCCAAGCGCUGGAACGCAUAGUUGAUUCCGAGGAGUCUCUCACCUCGGACAUGGACCCCUCCAAGCCUCCUUCCGAUAUCGGCGCCUCGUCCAAAGCGAACUCGGACAUAGAAGAGCGUCCGAAAGCCAGCUCGGACAUCGGGGUGACAACGAUCGGCUCGAAACUGUCCUCCAGCAUCGACUUCGCCAAGCCAGACGGCUCAAAAGCGGAAUUAGAAUCGAACAGCGACAAGUGUGACCGUGAACCGCGCCAUAGAUCCGGAUCUGUAAACGUUAAGUUAUCCAGUACGGAGUCAGGACACCCUACACCCGUAGAAGAUGCUCCCGUAGAUUCUACUAGACUGCCGCGGAAAAGAGUUGGAGAACCUGUUCCGCUUCCCAAGCCUAGAAAAGCAGUGCGGCCCGAGGUGUCGAAACGCAGGUUAGCACCGUCUUCCCCAUUGAGUAGAACCACCCUCAGUUCAGACUCCAGCUAUGUAGACUGCUUGUCCAACGUCCCUGCGCGUCCCAGUACCGGAAGUUUCACGAACGACGCGAGUUCCAACCUCACCGACCGCAAGAUUAGCGUCAGGUCCAGCUGCGGAAGCUUCGUCGGUGGUGAAGAGAUGCUGGAGGUUUGUUCCAAUUGCACCACCAGCGAAGACGAGGUGUUCAUGACGCCUGAAUACCAGAGUGGAAGAAGCUUCAAUUACAAUCUAGUAGUCUUGGAGGGAAAAAACGAAACUGAACCUAUUGAUAAUGAUACCGAUGAUAGAGCCAACAAUGAAAGAAAAUUGAGUAUCAGUGAGGAUCAAGAAAGUGUAGAAGCUGCUUCAAUUGAUGAUGGAGAUAUUGAAGAAAGAAAAUCUAGUGAAGCAAGUGUAGAAGCUUCUUCGACUAGCGAUAAAGCUGAUGAUAACAGGAAGUUGAGCAUAAACGAGAGUGAAGUGAAUGUGGAAGCUUGCUCAGACCAGAAUUCCACGUUGGUGAGAACCAAACGAGGUUCAGUGGAUUCGACGAGAAGUGUUUCUGGUCAAGAGAAGAAACUCUGCGCUGUGAUCUCUACCAUGCCAAAGUGUGACCACUUGUCCUCAUUGAACGUCAAGGACACACUUGCCCAGGGUAAAGAGUGGGAACCGAAGAAGGCCCGGAUUCCUCGGACAGCGUCCAAAUCCAACGACUUUGAAGUGAAUACGUUGGAGAGACAGAAGAGACACUUGACUUCUCACGCGGAGGAUAUCACGUUUGCCCUGAAUUUGAAUGUGAAUCCAAAUUUGUUGCCCGAUCAGUUGAGGGAGUUUGACACAGAUCUUGCACAACAGCCACAACUGGAGGAGCAGGAUGAUACUGAGUCUCGAGGUGUGGGUGAAGAAAAAUCAUCCUGCGUUGCAGUGGGUUCGUCAGGUGCAUGUUGCAUAUCAUUAACGUACGCAAAUUUGUCGGAGACCGAUGUGCUGCUUCAGAAAGUAUCCGACACCCUGUCUAAUUCUCUACCAUCCAGUGAGACACCAGUGCUUCCAGCGGAGACCAAAUCAGAGCCGCUAGAUGUUUCCAAGAAGACACAUGAGAAGAGCAACAAGAACAUCGAGUAUCCUAAAGGCUUUGAUGUGAACACGAGCUCGCCGAAUCUGACUGUAAACUCUCAGCAAGACACGUCAGACUACGUAUCAGCAGCCGACGAAGACUUGUCUGUCACAGACUGGGAGUACCAACUUCCAGCUCCUCCGAGUGCCUUCAGAGAUCCUGGCUCGCCUGUGUUCGACAACUUCGAAGUGAUUUCGCCCUCGCCAGAAUCCUUCAGAGGCGCAGAAACUAACGAGUUGAUCUCAAAUCCGAGCGAGAAAGACAGAAAAACGAUCACAGAGAAGAUAGACAGACAAGGAAAAGACACCACACCAACAAAAUCCUUCAAACAGCCAAAGUUAGAGUCCGGUAUGAGAAAGGAGGUUAUUUGCGAGCUGGAGAAUAAAAUAGGUGCUUUGCCCCAAAAGGACGUGGUGGACUCCAGGAGGCUGUUGAAUCCCUCAACUCCGAAAAUCGCGCCUGUGGAUAACACGUUGUCGAACUUUACGAUCACGACUUACAGCAAGCAGAAGAAUCUCAAUAUAUUUGAGGAAGUAGAGCAGUCGAGGGAGAAUCAGAGAUUUGUUAAGUCGUUCGCGACUCUGUCUAGGAACAGGAGCAAUUCAAAUGAGGACAAGAAUCUGAAGGAAUUCAGUGUUGGAACGUCACAGGGAAAGAAGAAUACAACGCCAGAAGAAGAUGAACUGAAUGAGAAGAAGCUGGAACCAAAGAUACCGACGGAAUCCCUGCAAAGGUGGCAGUCUGGUAACGAGAAGAGCAAUAUUCAGAGAUCCAAGAGCUACGUAUCCGUGUGUGACAAACCCAACUUCCGAGGGAACAUGCACGAGGAUGAAAGUGUUAAGAACGAGAAGAACCUGGAGAUGGAUGACGUUGGAAUGGAAAAGACAACGAGUAUUAGUAAUUUGAACACUCCGACUAAAACUAACGAGAAAUGGCGGGAUAAUAUUCUGAAGCGGCCUACCAAAGAAAAGCAACUGCAAUCUGUACAGGUGCUAAAAAGCAUUUUACCGCAGUUGAAAAAUGCUCAACAGGCGGAGGAAAAUGUGCCCAAAGAUUCGAACGAUGCAGUAUUAUCUGAAAAGACGAAAUUCGAAACUAUGCCUAUUGUGCAUUCGAUCGAAUCGAAUGCAGUUCCGUCUCGUGAGUCUCAGACGGCACCAAGCAACAAGGAUGUAGAGUCCAAAAGACCGAUCCCAGAAACGAACACGAAACGAUACACUUACUCAGGACCUCCUAUGAUCAAUUUAGGUAGUUGGUCUGAACGACCGAGUGUCAAUGUCCAGAUAAAAAUGGACACGGACUACAAAUUCGGAGUGAAACAAGCGAGCAACAGAACAAUCGUCAAUAUAAGUGACUCCAAAGACGAAGUCGAUUCUUUUAAAGACGCCGACUGCUCCACUAAAAUACAGAAAAGUAAAUUCGAGAUUAUAGAGAAAAAGGAGCCGAACGAUUUGACUAAGAAAUUGAUCACUCAUACAACAGCUACUGGCUUCAAGAAGCCAGCAUUAAACAAGGUGAACAGUUCAGAACCAAAAGUCACUAACGACAGACCGGUUGUAACAGCAGUAGAGUUGAAAAAGAGCUUCCUUGAGAACAAGCAGGACGACAGCGUGAUAGACACCACUCCAGUGAAUUUCAGAGAGUUGACAAAAGCGUUCGGUCAAGAUGUUUGCAUCCGGGCGAAGCCAAAAAGGGCCAGUACAAUUUCACGCUCAAAUUCUCAAUUGGAAAGUGAUACCAAUAAACAGAAUGGGCAUAAUCUGGAUCAGUGUUUAACGAAUGGCCAUCAGAACAACGUGCUGAAAAGGUUCACUUCGGUAGUGGGCAUUCAAGGGCAGAGUCAAGGCAACUUGUCGUUCAAAAAUGACACGAACGCGAAAGGAAGUCAGCCACUGCCUGUUGUGAAAGGAUUUAAGAUUUCGAACACAAAGAUCGACGGAGGUCAACGUCACGAAAAUCACGUUAACGCGAUGAAAGAAAGUGGUUCGAAGGAGGUAGUGAAGGAGGAUGGUACUAAAAGAUCGUCCAAAGAAUCAAAUGGCAUUCCAAGACCUCCCACAAUGCCGGUGAUAACAGGCGUGACAUUGAAAAGUGCCAGACCCAAGUCGAUGCCCAUACAAAUUGACCAACGAGACAUUUUGUUGGAGUCGAUAAGGAACUUCGGUGGUCGCGAGAAUUUGAAGAGCGCUGCAGGAAGAUGUUAACUGCCUUUCAAUAACUAGGAAACGUUCCUAUCCGAGGAUAAAAAGUCGAGAGAGAAACUAACGACCGAAGAUGUAUUACUGCUGAAGAGAUAUUCUGGUGCUUUAAAUCGUACAGUCUUAGUGAUAAAAGCAGCGUUUGACAAUCGUCGAUAUAAUAGGCGGGACAAAAAGAUCUAUUUCUGUAUACUUUUUAAUUCACCAUCGAAGGACCAUCCCAUGUUUGUCCCGUAUUUUUAUAGUAGACUUUCUCGUCAGUUGUCAAACCAAUUUUUUUCUUUUUUUUUCUUUUUUUUUUCUUUUUUUUUUUGUCGAAAUCAUUCCCUUGAUAGUUCGCUGGUUAGUAAUCUAUAAAAAACGAAAAAGAAAAAAUAACGACCACGUUAGUCGUUCAUGUGUAAAUACUGUGUGUAAAAAAAAAAUCGAGACAACCGGAAAGGAAAGUUGUCAAUGAAAAAAAAAAAAAGAAAAAACUCAAUCGAUGAUGAUGUACAUAUCGUUUAGGUUUUUUAAAGCAAAGUAAGAGGAACGUCGUAAUUUUUGUGUCCAAAUAGUCAAUGGACCGGCUUAGGUUCGUUUUUGAAACGUUGUUGCUCAUUGUAUGAUGCAGUCUACGCAAUUCUUGUUAAGUUUUCCUUUUUUCUUUUCUGUUUCUUCUUUUAUUCUUCAAUCAGUCACUCGAUCCUAAUCUAGCCUAAAAUGAAAGAAAAAAAGAGUUGAGAAUAUACAGAUUAGGUCUGAGUGAUUGAGUCAGUGUUGACUAACAUUUCCUAUUCUUUACGAUUAACAUUAAGUUUCUAUCACUGGGACCAAAGGUGACAUCUUUUAUUUUACGUACUGUACAACGAAUUUAGAUGUUGUUAAGGUGUGUGUUUAACUUAACUAUGAAAGAUAAUUUUUUUUUUUCGGUUCUUUUUCUUUUUUUUUUUUUGAGAGAAAAAAAGAGUGGGAGGGAGAGAAAGGAAGAAAAAUCUGGUCAGUUGUAUAGAUUGAAAAUCAUAUUAAUGAUGAGUUUGUAUUCAUCAAUGAGUUUGUAUUAACGAAAUUCAAAGAACAUUCUAACAUGUGUUCGUAGAAAACAACGAAGAAUUUGUUUAAUAAUUGAUUUUCACUUUUUUUUUUGCUUUUGGUUAAAAACAAGAAAAGUUUUUGGUUUGUAGCGAAAUUUUAGCAAUCAUGCGGAAAAAACACAUUGAGUUUGUUAAUACAAUAUUAACAGUGUUAUUGUAAAAAAAAGUCAAUUAAAAGACUAUGGUUAAUUAACAAAUCUGAUAUGAUGUAUAUUUGUUUUAUGGAUUAUGAUCAUUAUAGACAAAUAUUUUUAUGGCAGAUGGGGUAGUCACACCAUGGAUGAGUGUAUUCUGUACUGUAAAUACCAUAUAAUGUGUUAAUACUGUAUUUAAUAUUAUUUUCUUUGCGUAAAAAUAUAUUACAGCGACACUUCUAUUUA